UUCCCAUGGUUAUGGUGGAAGCCGAUUUGGUAUCUGAGUGGAAACGGUUUCGUGUUUGACAGACUAGUGAAGCUCACUAACGAUUUCACCAGAACGGUGAUUGCUGACAGGAAAAGCGCCAUGGAGGAAGACGGUCUGAUUGAGGGAAAUGAAGGAGAUUCGAAGCGGCAGAAGCUCGCUUUCCUUGAUCUUCUUUUGCGAUUGCAACACAGCAAUCAAUUGAGUGACGAGGAUAUCCGGGAAGAAGUCGACACAUUCAUGUUCGAAGGACAUGAUACCACUUCCAGCGGAAUUGGCUUCACUGUUUGGUGGCUUGGACAAUCGCCUGAAUGCCAAAAGAAGCUUCACGAAGAACUCGACAGUGUUUUGGUAACUAUCAUAGUAAUAGAUCAUAUUACGCACGGCCCUCACUCAAGCUCGAAAUCCGGUGACACAACACUACCCGAAGGGCUUACUGUGGUGAUGCUACCUACAGCAACUGCUCGUGAUCCGCGAUACUGGGAACGCCCUGAAGACUUCUAUCCAGAACACUUCGACGCAGAUAAAGUGGCCGGCAGAGAUCCUUUCUCAUACAUUCCAUUCUCUGCUGGACCUCGAAACUGCAUCGGUCAAAAGUUCGCCUUACUCGAAGAAAAAGUGGUGUUGUCAUGGAUAUUUCGGCGUUUUCAUGUGGAAACAGAAGAGCCGAGUCCCGGAAAUCGUGCUGUACCUGAGAUAAUUCUCAAGCCCUGCAACGGUUUUCGAGUUCGACUGACGAAGCGCUGA